GAGGGCGACUCGCUGGACGGCCCCGAGUACGAGGAGGAAGAGGUGGCCAUCCCGCUGACCGCCCCUCCGACCAACCAGUGGUAUCAUGGAAAACUUGAUAGAACGAUAGCAGAAGAACGUCUUCGACAGGCAGGAAAGUCUGGCAGCUACCUUAUAAGAGAGAGUGACCGGAGGCCAGGGUCCUUUGUACUUUCAUUUCUUAGCCAGACAAAUGUUGUCAACCAUUUUAGGAUUAUUGCUAUGUGUGGAGAUUACUACAUUGGUGGAAGACGUUUUUCUUCACUGUCAGACCUAAUAGGUUAUUACAGUCAUGUUUCUUGUUUGCUUAAAGGAGAAAAAUUACUUUAUCCAGUUGCACCACCAGAGCCAGUAGAAGAUAGAAGACGUGUACGAGCUAUUCUACCUUAUACAAAAGUACCAGACACUGAUGAAAUAAGUUUUCUGAAAGGAGAUAUGUUCAUUGUUCAUAAUGAGUUAGAAGAUGGAUGGAUGUGGGUCACAAACCUCAGGACAGAUGAACAAGGCCUUAUUGUUGAAGACCUCGUAGAAGAGGUGGGCCGGGAAGAAGAUCCACAUGAAGGCAAAAUAUGGUUCCAUGGGAAGAUUUCCAAACAAGAAGCUUAUACUUUACUAAUGACAGUUGGCCAGGUCUGCAGUUUUCUUGUGAGGCCUUCAGAUAAUACUCCUGGUGAUUAUUCACUUUAUUUUCGGACCAAUGAAAAUAUUCAGCGAUUUAAAAUAUGCCCAACACCAAACAAUCAGUUUAUGAUGGGAGGCCGAUAUUAUAACAGUAUUGGGGACAUCAUAGAUCACUAUCGAAAAGAACAGAUUGUUGAAGGGUAUUAUCUUAAGGAACCUGUACCAAUGCAGGAUCAAGAACAAGUACUCAAUGAAACAGUGGAUGGCAAGGAAAUCUAUAAUACAAUUCGUCGUAAAACAAAGGAUGCUUUUUAUAAAAAUAUUGUUAAGAAAGGUUAUCUUCUGAAAAAGGGCAAAGGAAAACGUUGGAAGAAUUUGUAUUUUAUCUUAGAGGGCAGUGAUGCCCAACUUAUUUAUUUUGAAAGUGAAAAACGGGCUACAAAACCAAAAGGAUUAAUAGAUCUCAGUGUAUGUUCUGUCUAUGUUGUUCAUGAUAGUCUCUUUGGAAGGCCAAACUGUUUUCAGAUAGUAGUUCAGCACUUUAGUGAAGAACAUUACAUCUUUUACUUCGCAGGAGAAACUCCUGAACAAACAGAGGAUUGGAUGAAAGGUCUGCAAGCAUUUUGCAGUUUACGGAAAAGUAGUCCAGGGACGUCUAAUAAACGCCUUCGCCAGGUCAGCAGCCUUGUUUUACAUAUUGAGGAAGCUCACAAACUCCCAGUAAAACAUUUUACCAACCCAUAUUGUAAUAUCUACCUGAAUAGCGUCCAAGUAGCAAAAACUCAUGCAAGGGAAGGACAAAACCCAGUAUGGUCAGAAGAAUUUGUCUUUGAUGAUCUUCCUCCUGACAUCAAUAGGUUUGAAAUCACUCUUAGUAAUAAAACAAAGAAAAGCAAAGAUCCUGAUAUCUUAUUUAUGCGCUGCCAGUUGAGCCGGCUACAGAAAGGUCAUGCCACAGAUGAAUGGUUUCUCCUGAGCUCCCAUAUACCACUGAAAGGUAUUGAACCAGGAUCCCUGCGCGUUCGAGCGAGAUAUUCCAUGGAAAAAAUCAUGCCGGAGGAAGAGUACAGUGAAUUUAAAGAGCUUAUCCUGCAGAAGGAGCUCCACGUUGUCUAUGCUCUGUCACACGUAUGUGGACAAGACCGGACACUCCUGGCUAGCAUCCUCCUGAGGAUUUUUCUUCAUGAAAAGCUUGAAUCAUUGUUGCUGUGUACACUAAAUGACAGAGAAAUAAGCAUGGAAGAUGAAGCCACCACCCUAUUUCGAGCCACAACACUUGCCAGCACCCUGAUGGAGCAGUAUAUGAAGGCCACUGCUACUCAGUUUGUCCACCACGCGCUGAAAGACUCCAUUUUAAAGAUAAUGGAGAGCAAGCAGUCUUGUGAGUUAAGUCCAUCAAAGUUAGAAAAAAAUGAAGAUGUGAACACUAAUUUAGCACACCUAUUGAACAUACUUUCAGAGCUCGUGGAGAAAAUAUUCAUGGCUUCUGAAAUACUGCCACCGACACUGAGGUAUAUUUAUGGGUGUUUACAGAAAUCUGUUCAACACAAGUGGCCUACCAAUAAAACCAUGAGAACAAGAGUUGUUAGUGGUUUUGUUUUUCUUCGGCUUAUCUGUCCUGCCAUCUUGAAUCCACGGAUGUUUAAUAUCAUCUCAGAUUCCCCAUCUCCUAUUGCUGCAAGAACUCUGAUAUUAGUGGCUAAGUCUGUGCAGAAUUUAGCAAAUCUUGUGGAAUUUGGAGCUAAGGAGCCUUAUAUGGAAGGUGUGAAUCCAUUCAUCAAAAGCAACAAACAUCGUAUGAUCAUGUUUUUAGAUGAACUUGGGAAUGUACCUGAACUUCCGGACACUACAGAACAUUCUAGAACUGACCUGUCCCGUGAUUUAGCAGCACUGCAUGAAAUCUGUGUGGCCCAUUCAGAUGAACUGCGGACACUCAGUAACGAGCGUGGUGCACAGCAGCAUGUAUUGAAAAAACUUCUGGCUAUAACAGAACUGCUUCAACAAAAACAAAACCAGUAUACAAAAACCAAUGAUGUCAGGUAGCAGCCGUCGUGGGGUUUUGCAUGGAUUUGACAUGCCCAACAUGGUAAUUGACAUCAGUAAAUGUCUCCUCUGCUCUUGCCAAAAAAUAGCACACCUUUCCACAUUCCAGUGAUGUGUGAACUAUGCAAAGAAAACUGAAGAUUCUGCUGGUGACUCAUGACCAGCACCUCUGUAAGCUGUCUGUGCAGGACAUUUGUACUUAUCCACAUGGAACCUUCAACCAAACUGUGAGCCUUGGUGUACAGAUCACCUUUCACAAAAAGAUGCUAGGACUGUCUUCAACUCCGAAAGUAUAUUUUCAAUACAUCCAAUUGCCAAAGUUUUACUGUCUUUUGGAAAAAGAACUAUGAAACCAACUGACAAGUAAAAGUGUUCUCUAUUGACAACUAAGGAUAACUGGACUCUAGACUGUUCUCACUGUAACUUUCCUGACUGGGAAUAUGACCAUUUGACUGUUCAACAACUGUAUUUACAGUUUCCAGGGUUUGUCAUCAUAAUAGGAACAAUCUUUGCUAUAUACUUUUUAAAAAUACUGUGUUAUUUCUCAUUCUGGAACUGUUGAAAGAAAAUAUAUAGAAUGGAUCUAUUGCUCAUCAGCUUUAUUUUUUAAAACACACCACUUAUUUUGUUGGAAUUGUCAAAGAUUGUAUUUAGAUUUCAAUGCUUUUGUUAAAUGUUUACAACAGUAAAUAGUUUGAAUUCAGUAAGUAUUAUUGGUCAUUGUGCUGAUCUGUGCAUGUUACCCAUUCAACCAUUUUAUAGAUUCCCAAUUUCUUUGUGUAAAAAACUAGAAUGCUUUUUAAUUCAGAAUUGAUUUUUGUACCCCUUUGAUUAUGCAGACAACUUCAUCAGCCACUCACACAACUUACCCACCUUUGAACUUCUGACUACUUGUAUCUGCUGGGCUGGAUAUUUAGUCGGACUGUAUAGUUUUAAUUUGCUUCUGUAUGUGUAUUUUUGUGAAGUAUUCACAAGGGUUAAGUUAAAAUAAAACCAAGGGAUA